AUGUCUUUAGUGCUGACAAAAGCUGCUUUGGCACUAAAGAAUGCAGAAAGUAACUUUCAAGUGGUAAAAUUCGAAGCACAUAAAUCAAAGAAGAAAAAAGUUUUAGAAUUCGACAAAAACAACUAUAGACCACAAGAAACUAUCUAUUCAAAGAAAGAUUUAGACUUGAAAAAGAUUCGUCAUGAAGUGGUUAAGUUUGGAAUGUCUGGAUUUGUUGGGACAAAAAAGGAAGAAGCUAAAAUUGCACUGGCUGUUAGUUUAGGAGCAAAACCACCCAAAAAAGAUUAUGUGAAUUAUAAAGAGUUAAUGCAAAAGAGAAAGCUAGAGAAACUGAAAGAAAAAGCAGAAAAACAACAGAUGAUAUCUAAGAGUGUACUGCAGAGUGGUGCAAAGAGGAAGAAAAAGGGAGUUAACAAUGAUGUUGGACAUUUCCUGAGUGGUUAUGGAAAGGUACAGAAAAAAGACCUGAAAAAAGAUAAUAAAACUACAAAGAAGAAAAAGAAGUGA